AUGGUGGUGGAUACUAUAGUUUAUCAUCCAACUUUGAAGAAGUUGAUCAAAUACCUUGACACAACAGCUGGUAGAGAAAAAUCAUUCCGUUUAGUUCAAUAUUUGGUUAGGUUUCUUGCCUUCCAUGCAGCUACAAGAGGUUCUUCAGAAUUAGCUAAACUAUUUAAAGCACUACAGGGUCAUGCUGCUUUCAUCAGAAAAGGUUUAAGAUUCUUAAAGCCUUUAAAUCACGUCCAAGAUGCUGCUAAAGCUUUUGAUAAUAAACUUUCAGAUUCUAUCAUUAGAUCAACUGUUGUUUUGAAAAACUUGGCUUACGUUGGUUAUUUAUCAUUAGAUUCAAUUGCUUGGUUCAAAUUAGCCGGAUUAGUUUCAAAUAAAACUUUCCCAAAAGCUCCAAAAUAUGCUAACUGGUUCUGGUUCGUUGGUUUAGUUGCAGGUUUAGUUAAUGAUUUACGUAAAAUUUCUGUUACAAGUUCAAAACUUCAAUCAUUAGAUGAAAAAGAUUCAGAAAAAUCUAAGGCUAUCGAAUUAGAAAACUACAAGGCUACCAAGAGAUUAGUUUGGGAUUCAUUUGAUUUCUUCAUUGUCUUGAACAACUUGAAAUUCCUCAACUAUGAUGAAGGUGCUGUUGGAUUGGCUGGUACAAUCACCUCUAUUUUCGGUGUUCAAGACACCUGGAACAACACUAAGAUCUAA